UACUUUCCACGUGGGUCUCAUGCAAAACUGGAAAAUUGUAUAUAUGGCUAAGUAACUAAUUGUAAAAUGGCGAUUCGAUUUUUAAAAAGGUACGUAAAAAAGGGAAUCAUAAUCGUAACUUUAACAUUAUUAAUCACCAAAUAUGUUUCGUAUUUGUCGCCAAAUCAAACAUCCACGGAAAAAACGGACGCUAAAAGUGACAACAUGGCGAAUGGUAAAGCUGCAGUGAUUGACUCUGUCCGUAGUUAUUGGCGGGAAAAGAAACGUGUCAUGAGAACAAGUGACCUCGAUGCUAGCAAUAUAGAGGCAUUAGGUUCAGCAUUGUCAGAAUUUGAUGAAGACGAUUGGAAGCCAAAAACAAGAGCAAAGACGGAUUUAAAAGCGCCAGGAGAACUUGGAAGCCCUUACAUUUUUAACAAGAGUCAGUUAACUUCAAAAGAAAAAUCGGAAUAUGAAACUGGCUGGAAAAAGAACCAUUUCAAUGAGUUUGCCAGUAACAGAAUUUCUCUACAACGAAGUCUCAAGGAUCCGAGGGACAAAGAGUGUCACAACCUGACCUACAGCGAGAACCUGCCAGAGGUCAGCAUCAUUGUCACAUUCCAUAACGAGGCUUGGAGCGUUCUGAUAAGGAGUGUAUACAGUAUACUCAACCGAACACCCGACUCUCUGCUCAAAGAAGUCAUUCUUGUUGACGACUUUUCGUCCUUGGAGCAUCUCAAAGAACCUCUUGAUCAAUUUAUGGAACAAUUCCAAAAGGUGAAAAUAGUUCGAGCCACAGAGCGUCAGGGAUUAAUCCGCGCUCGUCUUCGUGGAUACAGGGAGGCGGUCGGCGAUGUCCUCGUUUUUCUAGACUCUCACAUAGAGUGUGCUGAAGGUUGGUUAGAGCCCCUAAUAGACCCUAUAGCAAGAAACUGGAGCACCGUCAUGACCCCUGUCAUUGACGUCAUAGAUAAGGAGACAUUUCAGUACGGGUUUCAAGCAGCCUCCGCGACUAAUGUCGGUGGAUUUGAUUGGUCCUUGAUGUUCACGUGGCAUUUCGUCCCUGAAACAGAGCAAAAGCGACGCCAGUACAAGCAUUACCUACCCGUAAGGUCGCCGACAAUGGCCGGAGGAUUGUUCGCCAUCAGCAGGAAAUAUUUUGAGCACAUUGGCACCUACGAUGAAGGAAUGGACAUUUGGGGCGGGGAAAACUUGGAGUUAUCAUUCAGGAUAUGGAUGUGUGGUGGAACAUUACUAACUGCUCCCUGCUCGCAUGUUGGCCAUGUUUUUCGACACACACCACCUUAUUCCUUUGGCCCAAAGAAAAACGUCGUGAAAAACAACCUCGUGCGCAUGGCGGAAGUGUGGCUAGACGAUUUCAAAUAUUAUUACUAUCAACAUAUCAACUACACUCUAGGAAAUUAUGGAGACGUUUCCGCGCGGAAGGCUCUCCGAGCCAACCUUCAGUGUCACAGUUUUGAUUGGUAUCUUGUUAAUGUUUAUCCGGAACUAUUAAUUCCGGCCGAAGCUCUUUACUCAGGGGAGAUUCGAAGCAAGGCAGAACCUUUGUGUUUGGAGAGCCCCUAUAGGUUUGGAGAAAUCAACAAACCAUUAACUGUGUUUCACUGCCAUGGGCAGAAAGGAAAUCAAUAUUGGCUGUACACCCAGAAAGGUGAGAUCCGCCAUGAUCUGUACGGCUGUAUGGAUGACGCAGGGUCAACUGUCUACGUCAACAGCUGUCAUGGACUGGGCGGGAACCAAAAAUGGACCUACAGAGAGGAUAACACGAUACAACAUGAGGGCACGGACCGUUGUCUGGAGCUGUCAGCCGACGGUAAGACAGUGUCAGUGAAGAAGUGUAUGGGGAUAGAUAGACAGUUGUGGGUCUGGAACAGGAAACCCCCAAAAGGACCAGUGCGUAGCACCUUCCAUUGAAUACCCAUAUACUCAUUUAUGUGAAAUUCGAAUAACUGCAAAGUAUUAGGAAUUUCACAGUCGUGAAUGUCCAUACAAUUGUGGAGUAAAAAUCUAUAUCAAUGCUACGAAAAAACUCGGAUAAUUAUAUACUUAAAAACUGUUAAAGUGAUGUCAUCAUAUGUUUACAAUUUCUCACAUGUCCAUUUCAUUAUAACACAAACUGGUGAAGAACAACUGUAUUACUUAUUGUUUUAUUACUUGUGCACCAGAACUACAGGAACCCCAGAAAGGACAAGUACUUAGAACAUUUAAUUUAACACUUAUAAUAACAUGUAAUUGGAUAAUCGUUUUAUACUUUGUAAAUGUUUAAUUUAGUUUUAACUGCACUUAAUUGGUAAAAAAUACGAUUGUAUUAAUUUCACUAUGAUUGCGAGUUAUCAAUUUUCCGCGAAAUUAAACUCAUCUUAAUUGUUUUGUUAUUGUAAAUUGUAUUAAUCAAUGAAUAGCAUAGUACAUGUAGGUCAGUGGUUAAAGUAUCGGGCUUUCGAACUGCAGAAAUCAAGUUCGAAUCUGUCUUGUGCUUUUAAUCAUAUUUACUGAAGUUUUUGAAAUCACAGUAUUUUUUCCGAAAAUGCUUAAUUUUUUCUUAUGCGUCAAUCUUUCACAGUAAAGUAAUUUCUUGCUGAUUUGAGAAACUGUUUUAAGGUGUAGUGAAGAUAUUAAGUUUCACCUGUAAUUCAUGUCAUAACAAAUUAAAGUGAUAUUUAUUCACUGCAACUUAAUUUCUUAUCUUAAGUUCUGCUUUUUGAAAGGAAAAUGCUACAUAUUUUACAUAUGUUGAUGUACUUAAUCAAUAUGAACAUUCACAUGUUAUGAAAUAUUGAA